AUGGGCCAGGCAGUCAUUAACCCGCACAACACCGUAUUUGGCUUCAAGUGUUUGAUGGGUCGCCAGUUUAAGGACGAGGAGCUCAAGGACGACGCCGCUCACUGGUUCGUUCAUAUUUUAUUUACUCUAGCGAAGUCUAAUAGUCUAUUAGGCCUCAAGCCUUUCAAGAUUGUCACCCAAUCGGACGGCAUGCCAGCGGUCGAGGUUGACGCCUGCGGCAAGCCUCAGAAACACUUGCCCGAGGAGGUUUCGUCAAUGGUCCUGAUCAAGACGCGCGAACUCGCAGACCAGUGCCUCAGCAGGAAGCCACUCCGUGGUCACCGUUUCCGCAUGUACUUCAACGACGCACAGCGCCAGGCAACCAAGGACGCUGACCGGAUCUCCGGUCUCCUCGACUCGGCGAACUCGGUUGUCGCAGUUUACAACUUGUGCGGCGGUACUUUCGAUAUCUCCAUCCUCAAGAUGAAGUCUGGCGUCUUUGAGGCCAAGUCGACCAACAGCGACGCUUACUUGGGCGGCAAGGACUUGCACGUCGUGCUUGCCCAGCACAUUUUGAACGAGUUUGAGAAGGAGGCCAACAUCGACCUGGGCCGGGACCGCACGUUCGAGGGCCUCGUCAUAUCGCUCAUCGAGCGUGCCCUCGAGCCCUGCAACAAGGCACUCCAGGACGCUGGCGUCAAGGUGCCGGACAUAGACGACGUUAUCCUUGUCGGUGGAUUGACUCGCAUGCCUCACGUCGUCGAGACGGUCAAACAGAUCUUCGGUCGCGAGCCCUUGAAGAGCGUCAAACCUGACAAGGCCGUCGCUAUCGGUGCUGCCACCCAGGGCGGUGUCCUCGCCGGCAACGACAUCCUGCUCCUCGACGUCGGCCCUCUCUCGCUCGGUAUCGAGACGCUUGGAGGCAUCAUGACCAAGCUCAUCUCGCGCAACACCACCGUCCCGACCAAGAGGAGCCAGGUCUUCUUGACCGCCGCUGACGGCUAG